AUGUUUCUAUCUAAUGACACAGCAGCUGGUGCUCAGGCUAAUCCAUGUGAGACUGACCUGAGAUGUGACUUUGUGUGUGACUGCACUGACUGCAGCGAUGAGCAGGACUGUGGCUACAGUGGGAAGGGGUAUGAGUGUGACUUUGAGAACUCAGGGAUGUGUGGAUGGACUGCCCACACCUUGGAUGGAGAAUACUUCUGGGAGAGGCGUCAGAGAGGCGACACCCUGCCCAACAGUGGACCGUCCUCUGACUUCACCAUCGGUACAGCUACAGGUUGGUUUAUGGGGGUGAGUGAAGUGAAGACAACGCAUCUCAGUCAGGCAGCUUUAGUCUCUCCAAAGAUUCAACAGACUUCACCAACAUGUCGUCUUCGUCUCAGAUAUUUCCUGUGGGAUUCAGGCAACAGAGGACUGGGCUCCUCACCCCUGUGGGCGUCUAUCCGUCACCCGGACUCUCAAGAAUCCGUAGUGUGGCGUCCUGAGGCCACAAGUGUGCGAGGCUGGAAGGAGGACACCAUGUAUCUGGGCCGUAUUUCCACAACCUUUCACAUCGUUAUUUACUCGCAGCGCUCUGACGGACGAAGAGGAGAUGUGGCCAUAGACCAGAUGGAGUUUCUGGACUGUGCUCUGCCCUUACCCCUCCCUGGUCAACACUGUCCACGAGGGAUGAUAGAGUGUAAGCGUGAGGGCUGCGUGAAGGAGCAGCAGGUCUGUGACGGCACUGACGACUGCGGUGAUGGGACUGAUGAGGAGAACUGUGGAGAGUACAGGCGCUGUGAUUUCGAGGACGGCCUGUGUGAUUGGGACCUGAGAUCAUUUUCCUCACUGAAAUGGGAAAGGACAAAUCAGGAAACCAUCUCUUUGACGGAUCCUCUGAAAGGACCAGGCAGGGAUCAUUCCAACAGCACCGCAUCAGGUUACUUCCUUUAUGUCACCGUCCCUGAGGGUGGUCUCAAAGACGACUGGGCAUCUUUCCAAAGUCCGUUUCUUCAACCCACCAAUAGUUCACAUCCUUGCAAGCUGGUGAUGUACACACACCAGUUUGGGCCAAGGUCCGGCGGUCUGACAGUGAUGGUGGCGGAUACUAAAAUCUACCCGGUGUGGGAGAGGGGUGGAGCCCUGGGUGAUGUCUGGGUGAAAGCAGAGGUGGACAUUGUCACCAACAGUACUUUCGCAAUUGUAAUAAUGGCAGCAAUCAGGGACAUGGCGUAUGGAGGUAUCGGUAUCGACAGCAUUGUGUUGUCUCCUGAAUGCCGCUUAUCAAAUGAAAGUAAUACCAUCGGGGAAUUCCCAGAUGGUCCUGAACACCACUGCCAGAAACCAGACAAGAUGUGCAAUUUUCACCCUGACUGUCAGGGAGGACAUGAUGAAUCCAAAUGUGGGGAUUUCUCUUACCCUGACGGCAGCUCAGGCUGGACUGAUACCAGCAUUGGGAGUCAAGGUUGGGUGCUGUACAAAAAUGCCACAGCCAAAGAGAAUUACCUGUAUGUGGCCAAGGCCCCAGGCCAGCAACUGACUGAAGCCCUGACACGGACCCCCCUCCUGGGACCCUCCGGCCCAGCCUGCACCCUCAGCUUUGAUUAUGCACUGACUGGAAAUCCAUCCCACAUUGGUGAGGUGUCAGUGAGGGUGAUUGACAGCGUGAUGGGCAUGCAGCCUAAGCUGUGGGAGUUCAGUGGGAAGACGGGAAGAGUGGAAGGGGAGUGGAAACAUGCUGAAGUAUCUAUUGGAUCCAGGAAAAAUCGCUUCCAGCUGGAAUUUGAAGCUCGUGCUAAAAAAAUGUGUCGAUGUACCAAGAUUAAAGUGGCAAACGUUCGCUACAUCGGCUGUCAUGCUGAGUAUUUUCCAUUUACUCCAACAGGGCUGUCAUGUAACUUUGAGGACGGACUGUGUGGAUGGUAUCAGGACCACAAUGACAACUUUGAGUGGACGGUGCUUGAUGGGAUAGACCACACCAUCGGGAUUGGCAAAAGUCUUUCUGUGGACAUGUGGAGUUCAUCACUGCGUGGUGUGUUUGGACGUUUACUUUCAUACCCGCAGAUGCCAGGUUCUACAGAUUACUGUCUGUCCUUCUUCUACAAACUUUACGGGCCGAACACAGGUGUUCUGAAUGUGAAGCUGUUAGAUAACAAUGGUUAUGAGCACAUCCUAUGGACCCGCAGUGGAGCUCAUGGCAACAUCUGGCACCAAGCACACUGCUCAGUACCACAUCAGCUCACAGGCUUUCAGCUGAUGUUUGAAGCAGUUCGCGCCGGCUUUGAUGGGCAGGUGGCCAUUGAUGAUGUGGUGUUCGCUGAAGGUCCAUGCACCGUGCCGAGGACGUGUUCCUUUGAGGGCCAGCAGUGUGGGUUCACCAGCUCUGGUGAAGUUCGCUGGAUCCACCGCAAUGGACGCGGCGUAACAUUGGCUGGACCCAAAACUGACCACACUCUGGAGACUGAUCUGGGUUACUACAUGAUGGUGAACACUGGAGCGAAGAUCCUUCCCUCUGGCGGUACGUCAGUCCUCACAUCUCCUGUUCGCCAUGGAACCAUGAAGACCGAGUGUGUCAAUUUCUGGUAUCACACGGAUGGAGUGAAUCCUGGUUAUCUGACAGUGUACAUGAAGCCAGUGAAAGGAGAAAGGGUGAAGAUCUUCUCUGACACUCUGAGCCAGGGAAAAGUCUGGCGCCAUGGCAACGGAAACAUCUCGAGUGUCCUUGUGGACUGGCAGGUGGAGUUUGAGGUGGUGGGAGCCGGAGGCAAAGACACUGCUAUUGCAAUUGAUGAUAUCUUCUUUUUACCUUUUCCGUGUGAGAGUCAAGGUUCUAAGUGCAGUCUGGAGAGAGGAAUGUGCAGCUGGAGCAACACUCAAAACGCCAAAUUGGAUAAACUGGACUGGGAGCUGACGAGUCAGGAGGGAGAGAGACGCUACUCCACCCCCCCUGAGGACCACACUCUGGGAACAGAGAAAGGCCACUUCCUGAUCUUUCCAAGCAGCAACCGGACAAGUGUCUAUGAAAAUGCUCAGCUGCUGAGCCCUCACCUGCCCCCAACCAAAGGCACCUGCCUGAAAUUCUGGGCCUACAAGCCGUACUCAUCGGACAGCCAGCUGAAGGUGUGGGCUCUGUCUGAAGGUCGUCUCCUGCAGCUGCUGGUGGUGAAUGAACUGGGAGGACCGUGGAAACGCUUCAAUGUAGACAUCAAGUCUACUGAGGAAUACCAGAUUGUGUUUGAAGGAAUCACAGGCACAUCCGGCUCUGUAGCUCUGGACGACAUUGAGUACACAAUUGGGGUCAGCUGUGAUAACCAAGACAACACAGUUGCACCCAAAUCAGAGAAAGACGAUAAAGGAGCACUUGCAGCGUCCGUCAUCAUAGUCCUGCUGCUGAUUGGCACGGUGGUCGCCGUGCUGGUUUGGUACCUGCUAAUCAAACAGAGAAUCUUAGAAGCUCAGGCUGGUCCAUCACAAUCUCCACCAUCAUUCCCAUCAUCUUCCUCAGCUGGUGUUGGUUUCAGUAAUGAGGGAUAUGAAGCUGAAACCACACAAGACCGUUCGAAGGUUACAGUACCGCAUAACCAUCCGAUGGCAGCUGGGUUCAAUAAUGUUUCUGAAGUCUCUGUUGAUGUGAGAGGCGCGGCAGAGGCCUGAAGCAGGAGGAGUGGUGGUCCUGCCAACUAAAGUUGGCUUUGUGAAAUUUGGGCGAUAUCACAGCAGAAGAACUGCUUGUGUCACCCUUACAUGACACACACACACACACACACACACACACACACACACACACACACACACACACACACACACACAGCCCACAUACUGAAACACUGAUGAAGGCCUAAUCAGUGCAGCUGCCUAACAUCUGAUGGAGCCCUCAAAGGUCACAGCUCUCUGCCUGUGGACAGACAUUCGAAGUUAGAGGGACAACACAUAGCGCUACACUCCUGAAUCAUGUUUGUCUAGUUUAAGGAGAACUCAGCAGAUUUGGCUUCUUUCUCAUGGGUUAAAGGGACACUUGUGCAAUUUCUUACAGUGUCAAUUUACUUGUUGUGGAGCAUAUACGAGUCAGCCUGUGAAACAGUUGUAUAAUGUCUUCCAUGGCUCUGGAAUUAAUCAAUUAAUUUAGAAAACAUCUCACUCAGUAACUCAUCACCAGCCUAUCAGCUUUAGCUGGGAGACUACACACUUACAACAGAAAGCUGGGAGCAUGGAAGACUUGAUUACCAGGCAGGGAUGGUCUAACGAAAGAUGCUAUCAAAUUGCAUUAUGGAAGAAGAGCUUGACUCACAAUAGGGACUAUCUGACUCUAGUAUGUCUCUCACAGGUCCCACAAGUGGACAGAAGGGCAAUACUAAUUGGCUGGAGUGCCCCUCUGAAGAGAAAGGAAAAAGAAAAGAAUUACUGUAAACAAACUUGUGUAAACUGUAAAAAAGAUUUUAAGAUUACAAAGGAAGUCAACAUGCUGUAAUGCUAUUGUUCGGAAAGAGACUGUAGGAAGGAUGUAUUGCUUUAGAUGUGUUGGGGGGGCACAUUUACUCUGCUUUGAAACAAGAAAUAAUUGAACU